GAUCCACUUUUGCAACGCAUCCUGGCCACAACCACAUCUGGGUGUAUCCCCCAUGAACGCCGCCGUGUGUGUGGUGGUCACAGUGCCCACGGAGGCGGAGGAGCUGCGUCUGAACCCCAGGCCGCUGGACAGGAGGCACUGCUGCUCCAGCUGCGGUGGCCAUCUGAAGGGGAAACGCCCGCAGGAUCUGGGCAGCGGGACAUGCGAACGCUGCUGGCGACUGGGCCAGAUAGCUGGGUGCAACGAGGGCGAGGCACUGCGUCCACCGCCGUCCAGGAGCCAGGCGAGCAGGGCCCUGCAGCUGGCCAAUCUCAAGGAGGACGCCAGUCUGGAGCAGCUGCUGCGGGCCAUUGCCGAGGAGCUGCGUCUGGAGGACGUGUUCUGGUCGCAGGACGUCACCGGCCGGCAGCUGCAGGCUCGCUUCGAUCUUCUGCAGGAUGAGCGGUACGAGAGAUUGCUCUGCACGCUGCAGGAUUGGGGCGUGGGCGAGCGACGCGGCACCCAUGUGUCCGCCGUCACCUGCCUGGAGACGCGCACGAAGCCCCAGGAUCCCGGCCAGAACCAGGGCGACCUCAUCGCCCCGGGCCAGGAGCAGGGUCAGGGGUGGCACAGCUUCAUGGACUCGGUGCGGUGCAGGCUGAAUGUCAACCAGGUGGUGCGACAGGUGCGACGCGAUGCCACCCUGACCUUUGACUUCGUGGUCCUGCUGAUGGCCGCCGCCCUGCUCUCGUGCGUGGGCCUCGUGGAGAACAGCUUCCUCUUCCUGUCCAGCUCCAUGCUGAUCUCGCCCCUGAUGGGCCCCAUCAUCGCGGCCAUCUUCGGCUCGGUCAUCGGCGAUCGGGAGCUGCGCUGGCUGGGCCUCAAGAACGAACUGCUGGGCAUCGCCGUCUCCGUGGCCAUUGGCUUCUUCUUCGGGGCCAUUGUCUGUGGAUUCGGGCACUUCUUCGCCAUCUCCACGGGCCUCACCGAGGAGAUAGUCUCGCGCUGCGACACCCACUCCCUGGCCAUCGGGGUGUGCACCGCCUUGGCUUCGGGGGCGGCGGGGGCCAUUGCGGUGCUGGGCGGCAACACGGGCUCGCUGGUGGGCGUGGCCAUCUCGGCCUCCCUCCUGCCGCCCGCCGUGAAUGCGGGUCUGCUGGGGGCCCUGGCCAUCGGUUGCCACUUCCUGCCCGCCGACCACGAGCUGCUCACCAGUCUGGAGAAGCACAGGGCGUACUCGGCGCAGCUGUCGGUGGAACUGCUGGUCUGCGCGGCGGUCAGCAUGGCCUUGACCCUGCUGAACAUCGUGUGCGUGUGGGUGAUGGGCGUGGUGGUGCUGCGGAUCAAGGAGGUGGCCCCGGCGGUGCAGCGGCACCAGCAGUUCUGGCGCCACGAUGUGCGCACCGCCCGCGAGGUGGCGCUGCUCGAUCCGGACCUGCAGGAUGCCAUCGAUCGGCUGGACGAGGGAUCGCAGGUGGAGGCGGAGCGCACCUGGUCGCCGGGCAUUGGAAGGCAGGCGGUCUCGCACACCGGGAUCAGGGGCUCCGACGACGACGUGGGCGUGGGCGUGGCCAGUGCCAAGGAGCAGCCGGACAACUAUCACACGGUGCACGGCUUCCAGGAGUUCUGCAUCACGCUGCAUCGCCUGAAGUCGGCGCCCAAGGGCCAAGUGCAGCCGCCCACGGUGAUGGAGCUGUUCGCCCGCCAGGAGCCGAGUUCCGGCCAGACCCCGGACCUGGCCAACACCAACACCAACACCACCACCACCACCACGGCCAACACCGGGGGCAGUGGCUUCAGCAGCUGUCGCAGUCUGCCGGACAUCAGCAGCCUGGCCAGACUCUGGCCCCACGGCUCCUCCAGUGCGCAGAGUGUGCAGAGUGUGUGCUCCAGUCCGGCCAGGAACAGAGCCAUGAUGCACCAGGCUGCCACGAGUGCUGGCCGGGAUCGGGGCAGGCGGAGUGUACACUGGCGCGAGGAGCAACUGGAGCGGGAGCGCGACUUGAGGGGCGACAUCCUGAGCAGCAGGGAGAGCAGUCCGCUGAGGAGGACCGGCCAGGUGCUGAUACCGCUGCCCAGUUUGGGACCGGAUCGACCCCUGCAGCUGCUGUCCUUCCACAGGCCAGAGGUCACGACCCCGCCGGGCGAGGAGCGGCAGGACGAGUUCCAGGCUUAGCACUGGAGUGUCCUCCAGCCACCCACUGAUAGCCACCCACUCUGCCCACUCGGCCCACUCCGCCCACCACCAUCAACCGCCAAACUCCAUCAAGAGCAGCGCAAACAUCCAGGAUGGCAGCCUCGAGCUUCGUGUCCAGCUUUGAUUACUCGCCGAUCCUGCGGCGAUGUCCUUGUUUGCCAACCACUCAAAGCCGCCAGCACCGGCGGUCGCAAAACGGGGAAAAAAGUGUAACUAUAUAUUAAAACUAGAAAAAAGUCAAGUAAGAAUAUAUGUAAGCCUUAAAGGCAAGCGGGAACUACUUUCCGCUAACGAGGUUGAUUAGCUUAGUAUACAAUUUAGAUGAAGUUAUUAUGUAUU